AUGGUUUCAAUAAUCGGACUUUUAGUCUUGGCGACAUUUACCAUUUUGAACGGUAGUAGUGCCUUUUCCGAUCUAGGGAACCACAACCCAUUGAGACCAUGGUGGAACACGAAUUCACGAACGACCGGGCGCAUUGUUGGAGGAUACGAAGUUGACAUCGCGGACGUUCCAUUCCAGGUGUCACUCUGGACCGAGUUUGGAUUUUUUUGUGGUGGAUCAAUCAUUGGCAAACGGUGGGUUUUGUCGGCGGCGCACUGUCUCAAUGGAAAUAUGACCGUUCGCGUUGGAUCAAACAUGGACAUGGAAGGCGGACAAGUGGUUGUCGUUGGGAAACAAUUUCCUCACCCAAAGUACAAUGGUACCACUAUCGACUUCGAUUUUGCCCUUCUCGAGUUGAGUGAAGAACUGGAGCUGACCAAGCAGUCGCAAGCGGUUGAAGCAACGAAUGUGCCUGCGGUUAAUCAGGAAAAAUGUGCAAAUGCUUACGCGAGCGAUCAUCACAUUACAGAUCGAAUGCUCUGUGCCGGAUACGAUCAAGGCGGUAAGGAUGCUUGCCAGGGCGAUUCGGGUGGUCCGCUGGUUGAAGGAAACAAGCUGGUGGGAGUUGUGUCGUGGGGAAAAGGAUGCGCUUUACCCGGUUAUCCAGGAGUGUAUUCACGAGUGGCAGCCGUGCGCGAGUGGAUACGUGAAAUAAUUCACAAUCAACUAGCCAUGGUUUCAUUCGUCUCAGUUCUAGUUUUGGCCACUUUUGCCGUUAUCGGUAGUGCCCUUCCCAAUCCCACCAAUCCAUUGCGUCCGUGGUGGGGUGCCAGUUCACGCUCCAGUGGACGAAUUGUUGGUGGUUUCGAAGUAGACAUCGCGGACGUCCCGUUCCAGGUGUCACUCAGGAACGACUACGGACACUUUUGCGGAGGUUCCGUCGUCGGUAGCCGUUGGGUUCUGACUGCUGCACAUUGCGUUGGUGGAGAGCUUAGUGUUCGCGUUGGGUCUAGCUUGCACGCUGAAGGAGGGCAAGUGGUUGCGGUCAAGAAUCAAUAUCCUCAUCCGGAGUAUGACGCGUUUAACAUUGACUACGAUUAUGCUCUUCUCGAAUUGAGCGAAGAACUGGAGCUAACACGGGAGUUGCAAGCGGUUGAGCUGCCGGAACAGGACGAGGAAGUCGUCGAUGGAGCCUGCCUGCAAGUUUCCGGUUGGGGUAACACGCAAAACUCGCAGGAGAGUGGAGAUGUUCUCAGAGCUACCAACGUACCGGCGGUUAAUCAGGAGAAAUGCACAAAGGCCUACGAGGACUUCGGUGAAAUUACGGAGCGAAUGCUUUGCGCCGGUUAUGAACAGGGAGGUAAGGAUGCCUGCCAAGGAGAUUCCGGUGGUCCACUGGUCGAAGGUAACAAACUGGUAGGAGUUGUAUCCUGGGGAGUGGGAUGCGCCCAGUCCGGUUAUCCAGGAGUGUACUCCCGAGUGGCUGCCGUACGCGAAUGGAUCCGUGAAGUUAGUGGAUUUGCCCUUCCCAAUCCCACCAAUCCAUUGCGUCCGUGGUGGGGCGCCAGUUCACGGUCCAGUGGACGAAUUGUCGGUGGUUUCGAAGUCGACAUCGCGGACGUCCCGUUCCAGGUGUCACUCAGGAACGACUACGGACACUUUUGCGGAGGUUCCGUCGUCGGUAGCCGUUGGGUUCUGACUGCUGCACAUUGCGUUGGUGGAGAGCUUAGUGUUCGCGUUGGAUCUAGCUUGCACGCUGAAGGAGGGCAAGUGGUUGCGGUCAAGAAUCAAUAUCCUCACCCGGAGUAUGACGCGUUUAACAUUGACUACGAUUAUGCUCUUCUCGAAUUGAGCGAAGAACUGGAGCUAACACGGGAGUUGCAAGCGGUUGAACUACCGGAACAGGACGAGGAAGUCGUCGAUGGAGCUUGCCUGCAAGUUUCCGGUUGGGGUAACACGCAAAACGCACAGGAAAGUGGAGAUGUUCUCAGAGCUACCAACGUACCGGCGGUUAAUCAGGAGAAAUGCGCAAAGGCCUACGAGGACUUCGGUGAAAUUACGGAGCGAAUGCUUUGCGCCGGUUAUGAACAGGGAGGUAAGGAUGCCUGCCAAGGAGAUUCCGGUGGUCCACUGGUCGAAGGUAACAAACUGGUAGGAGUUGUAUCCUGGGGAGUGGGAUGCGCCCAGUCCGGUUAUCCAGGAGUGUACUCCCGCGUGGCUGCCGUACGCGAAUGGAUCCGUGAAGUUAGUGGAUUGUAA